AUGAUCGAUCUCAUCGAGUCAUUCUUACCUCUUCAAAUUAGUCGACGCAUUCCAUUCGCUCCUGCUGAUGGACUGGAGUACGAAGACGAGGAAGACCUGCGUCUGUUUUCCAUGCAACCCAUCGAGGACUCACAAUUCGACAGCCGACUUCGCUAUGUGAACGGCACGAAAUUUAGACCUCCUCUGUUCCGAUUUGCUUGGCCCAUCGACGAUGCACACAUGUUGAAGAUCAUAUUGGCGAAAUUUCCAGAUGCCAUCAAAACGACUUCCCGCCCUUUCAAAGGGCCCUUGCCAAACCCAGUCCCUGAAGAAUACCAGCAACUGUUCGAGUACCCAGACAACCCGAGACCCGAGACGGAAAUUGGGUAUCUCGACCUUACUCUUCCCAGUCGAGACCUCGUCCACGCCCUGGCGAAACACAUCGAUUUGCCUAGAAAGUACGUGCAUCUAGUCAGAUGGGUCCCCUUGUGCGACAAAGACGCAGAGGGGAUGUUCGGCCUCCAGGUUGGAACGAACUACCACCACCGCACUUCAUGGGAAUGGAUUGAAAAGCUGAAGGCGGUCCUCGAGAUCGACGAAGACCCGAUGUGGUACCUUGAUCAGGAGAGGUUGUACUGGCGUCGUGUCAUCCCGCUCCCAGAAGAUGUACCCUCCAAUUCAUACUUCCAUGACGAGGAUGGACUCUAA